GAUCUCCUAUCUCUCGUCCCAGGGAAACUUACCGCAAAAGAUCCUCACAAGUACCACAUUUUGGCUACUUCAAGACCUCAUCAGUAUCUUAUGUCUCUUGUCCCAGGGGAGCUGGUCCCAAAAGUCUGUCCCAUUUGUCAGACUUUGAUUACAAAAUAUAAUUCGCCUGAAGACAUGAUGAAUCAGGCUGUUUUCUGGGUGGUUCGAGAUUUGGGAAGCUGUGAAUGGCCUGCAGACCGAUCUUGGUUUGACCAGUGUCGUCUCACCGGAGCACGGUUUUCACUUAAUGAGAUAUACUGGUAUCGGUCGCAGAACUUGCGGAAAAUGAUGCAGGGUGUUCACGGUCAGUGGCAAAGAACCUACUGCCUAGAACAGAAAGGAGGGUUGCUUCAAUGUCAACGCGAAGGCUCACAAACUGCAGAUGAGGGAAUCCAGAUAGCUAACACCUUCCCGGCUAUGGCCGACUAA